AUGGCAUCCUCAAAUACGAAUAAUAUAUCGUCAUCGCCUUUAUCAAAAGAGCUAGAUAAGACAAGAAAAGCAGUAACAACAACAACAAGAAAAUUCUACCACUAUCGUGAACCUAAGGUUUAUGAUAGAAAAGAGCAGCAACAACAAAAAAUUCAUAUAAACAAAGAAAAUUCUACCAUUAUCGUGAACCUAAUGAAAAGAACAGCAACAACAACAAAAAAACCAUAUAAAAAAAGAAAAUUCUACCAUUAUCGUGAACCUAAUGUUUAUGAUAGUGAUGAAAGUAUAUCACCAUCGGCAUCGGCAUCCUCCACCUCCUCAUUACAUAGAAAAAGAACAGCAAUAACAACAAAACAAUCAUAUAAAAAAAGAAAAUUCUGCCACUAUCGUGAACCUAAUGUUUAUGAUAGUGAUGAAAGUACAUCUCCAUCAUCAUCCUCGUCAUCGUCAUCAUCAACAAUACCAACAUUAGCAUCACAAUUACAAAAUAAAGCUAAUAAUAUAUUAUCAUCGGUAUCCUCCUCCUCGUUAUAUAAAAAAGAAAAAGCAACAAUAGCAUCAUCGUCAUCAUCUUUAUCAUCACUAUUAUCAUCAGAAAUUGAAAAAUUUUAUCUUUAUC